AUGUCGCUGUUCGACGUAUGAUAGAGCCAAGACCUAAAGCAUUUCCAAUAACAAAAACUUUUAGUAGGCGUGUGUUUGCCAUUGGAUUGGCCCAAAAAUAUUGGAGACAGAGAGCCUAAUGGCAGAGCAAGUAUCACGGCUGACACUAUUACUAAACGCUCCUGCUCCUACUCCCCCUUCACAAUCUCUAUCGCAGCCCAAGCCAAUGGCUUUAUCUCUAAGCGCCGCCGCCUCCUCUAGAAUCUUCGCUUCUUCCUCUUCCUCCACUGCUCGGCUCUCUCUCCGCUCCUCUUCUCCUUCUCUCCUUUCUUUCUCUUCCUCUCUCAAAUCCCUUGCAUUCUCUCCUCGCUCUUCUUAUUUCUCUCGCUACCAGAGAUCGGCUGUUAAUGUGUCGAAUAGCGGAGGAUUCAGCACUGUAGCAAGUCCAAAAUGCGCAGCUUCGGAUCCUGAUCAGUUGAAGAGUGCUAGAGAAGAUAUCAAGGAGCUUCUCAAAUCUAAGUUCUGCCAUCCUAUCCUGGUUCGUCUAGGAUGGCACGACGCUGGUACCUACAACAAGAACAUUGAGGAAUGGCCACAAAGGGGUGGAGCGAAUGGAAGUCUUAGGUUCGAAGUUGAGCUGAAACAUGCAGCCAAUGCUGGUCUUGUGAAUGCAUUGAAUCUUAUUCAAACUGUCAAGGACAAGUACUCUGGUGUUACUUAUGCAGAUUUGUUCCAGUUGGCUAGUGCUACUGCUAUUGAGGAGGCUGGGGGACCCAAAAUUCCCAUGAAAUAUGGAAGAGUGGACGUCUCUGGUCCUAGUGAGUGUCCUGAAGAGGGCAGGCUACCUGCUGCUGGACCCCCUUCACCUGCUGAACAUCUACGAGAGGUUUUUUACCGAAUGGGAUUAAAUGACAAGGAAAUAGUUGCAUUAUCUGGUGCACAUACACUUGGGAGGUCCAGACCAGAACGUAGCGGUUGGGGUAAACCAGAAACCAAGUACACGAAAGAUGGACCAGGAGCACCAGGUGGACAGUCCUGGACGGUGCAAUGGUUGAAGUUUGACAAUUCAUACUUCAAGGACAUUAAAGCAAAAAGAGAUGAAGAUCUGCUUGUGUUGCCAACUGAUGCUGUUCUUUUUGAAGAUCCUUCUUUCAUGGUAUAUGCUGAGAAAUAUGCUGAAGAUCAAGAGACAUUCUUCAAGGAUUAUGCAGAGGCCCAUGCCAAACUUAGCAACCUUGGGGCCAAAUUUGACCCUCCAGAGGGUAUUGUGUUAGAUGAUGGUCCCACACAAGCUGCACCUUAGAAGUUUGCGGCUGCCAAGUACUCCACAGAAAAGGAUUAAAAAAAUCAAUUUUCUUGUUUUUGUUGUGCCGUGGCUUAUUAAUAAAUACAACCUCGCAUUUUAAACUUGGAAGUCUAAAAUGAAGCGGAAAGAAUAAAAUUCAACAGAGUGUUUUGAAUUGCAGAGCGCUUUCAGAUUCUGUGAAGCAGAAGAUUCAAGCAGAAUAUGAAGCAUUUGGCGGAAGCACCGAUAAGCCUCUAUCAAACCAACUACUUUUCAAUAUAAUGAUUAUUAUUGGUGCUUUGGCCAUUUUGGCAUCUUUUCUUGGUAAUUAUUGAUUAUUAACUCGGUGUUUGAGCUCUCAUUAUAGAAGUAGUAUGUUACAUUUUGCUUUCCUUUUUGCUCUUAUGGUUAAUAGUUGUGAAUUUGAUUCAGACUACAAGUAUAUGGUGUCUCAUGCUACAUCGUCGCUUAGUCAAUGUUUAUAUCGGCAACUGGUUUUGAGGCCGUUGGAUCAAAUACUUAGACUCCUUUUACUCAUUUAGUUAUUACUUUUCACGUGUUGAAAUUAGUUCAUGAAUCAUGAGCUACCUAUGGCUUUUCCCCUGGAAAGAGAAUUCAACCGAGUAAAUCAUUCUCCCAUGAAUCCCUUUUUGGGUUGGAAAAGGGUGGAAGGUUAAUAUUUUCAAGUCAAUUUCUUGUUUAAGGUUUUCGGAGAAAAAAAUCUCAUGUAGGCCAAAAGCCCAGUUUCAAGAAUAAGCAAACUGUUAUUCAUCAACAAGACAUGAAACGCGAGUUUGAAGAUGGUGUGAUAUGGCCUUGAAAUAUACUUUGGCGCCUUUAUGGUACAAGGUGCGUUGGUUGAAUUCGGUAUGGAAAAAGCUGCCUGUAUGUUAAGUGAACAUUUCAAUGCAUUAAUGGCAAAGAUUAUAUGAGUUAAAUCCAAAAACAAUAUGCUCAUGGUGCCACUUUCAUGUUUUUCAACUCUUAAAAUCUCAGGUUCGAAUCUUUGAAUGAUGAGGGCAGGUUUUAUAGAAUUAGAAGUGCAACCCAAGUUUAAUAAGCUUUCA